AAACUCCGAUUUUCGGAACUCUUCUGUAAUUAUACUGAAGUAGCCUAGCAGACAAUUUACGAUUUCGAUGCUCAUAUAACAUCUGGAUUCUUGCUUAUAGAUUUCUUUUUAAUACAAAAGACAGAUAGAAGGUGGCUGACAAGUUGAAUUAUUUCUUCCAAGAUAUUUGUCAGUGUCAAUGUCAUUCAGAAAACGUCUGAGGGACUGGGAGAGGCGUGGAGAGGGAUUUGAAGGAUUGGAUGAUAAGAAACCACCAGUGAAAUACGUAAAACACAAGAAACCAGCAGGAAGUUGUAGGCUGUAUGAUGCUGAGGAUGACUUGAAACAAGGGCACUCAGAUGAGGGAGAUCGCAUUGAAGACAGCAUAAUAUGGACGUCUAGUGAGGAAGAAAAUGAAGAAUCAAGUUUUCAAGUGUCAAGAGGUAGAAGUAAAGGUAGGUUUGUACGUAAAUCUACCAUGCAGAAGGAUGUCACGCAGAAAAGCUGGAAGAUGAAGGGACAGCACAGAUAUCGUCAGGAGGAGGAGGAGGUCGAUGUCAUCAGCGACUCUGAUUCCAACUCAAAAGAAGAUGGUUUGAUGAAGAAUGAAUCAGAGAGUAUUGACCUUGAUAUAGAAUCUGAAGAUUCAAGGUCGUCCAUUCCCUCCAAAGAAAAAUCUGCUAAUUUAUUUCAGUCCCAGGACACAACACAGAAUACUUGCACCUCUUCUUGUAUAAUGGACCAGACAAGUAUAUCUGCAUCAACCAGCCAAUCACAAAGUCCAGAUCAAGGUUCAAAGGUCAAAGCUAGCCAAUGGAUUAAGAUGUUGGAUCUGAAGACUCCAACAAAAAACUCCCAAGAUGUCCCAUUUAGUGAACUAGAAGACUCUGCAAAGAAGAGGAAAAAAUAUAAGAAGCAUGUGGGAGGUUUGGCAGACCAACUGUCCAACUUAAAGGGAAGAGAAAGGUCAAUGAACAGUAUUUUUAAACAUCAACAGUCAACAUCGAAAUCUGAACCAGCAGACACUCCUAGUAGAUCCUUGAUCCUGACGAUUACUUCCCUUGAGCCUUUGUUCUCCCUUCAGCUGGCUCAUUGUGUGUCGCGAGAUCCGAGUGAUACAGGUACCAAGGAACAAACCGCCCUGUUCUUACAAGACAAGGCAAUCCUGACAGGAAGUGUUAUUCAAGUGUUCGCCCCCUGGCAACGGAUUAGACUUAAAAGCAUGUCCCAGCUUGUCCUGUUGUGCUCUAAUUACCGGAUCCUGUCACACGAGGAGCUGCUGAGUGAAGAAUUGUCAGAAACCAAAAACAUCGGCAGACCUGAAGGCCAGCAGAGAUCUAACCAACAAAAUUCUGAUGUUCAUGAACGAUGCGCUGUUUGGAAGUGCCCCUGUGUCUCUGGUUUGGUACACAGUCCCUCUGCCUGUCCAGCUCACCUGAAUCCCGAGCUCCCAGGUCUAUCUAUUUACCAGAGAGGCGAGAGAUGUGAACAAGAUUCUGAUGAGAAGUUAUCUGCCCUUGAUACAAUUCAGGCCACUCGGGGACCGUCCAGGGUGAGUAGGCUGACUAAGCCCUCCAUCUUGGACUGGUUGGACUGUCAUGACCCGAGUGCUAGAUUCUCUGGGAAGAUCCUUAGAGUAUUCUGUUUCAACAGGAAAGUUCCAAAUAGUGGGAAAAGAUACGUGAUGCUGAUAGAAGACAGUCAUGGUACUGUGUGUCAGGUGCUUUGUCCUGAGGAGGCUGAGACACUCUUCCCAGAGGUGUUACAAAAUGGAGAGGGAUCUUGCCAUGUGUUUGGGGGGCUAUCUGUUCAAUGUAGGGCCACAAGAGAAAGGGAACUGGCGCUGUUUUCUGUGAUUGAUGUUGUAUGGAGUGGUGGUCCUCUGUGUAAAAGGCUGGACAGUCAGGACACAGAGGACAGGAUCACAGAAUCGCAGGAACCAGACAGUCUCACACAGGUCUGCAGAUCCUCAGCCCCAGGGUUCUGUUAUUUCAUGAUAGAAGCAGAGAAUGGAGAAGGAAUGACUGCUGUACCGCUGGGGAAUGGCAGUUCAAAUCUCAAAGAAAACACCAUUAGGCUGGCCGAUCUUACUCACGUUGAUGAAAUAAAGAGAGUCUCCUUCUGUUGUAAAGUGGUUUUCCAAGUGAAUAUGGCUAGCGUAAAGGAUGGUCUAUCUCUGUCAGACACCAGACGAUCCCACAAGUCAGUUCUUUACGUCAGGGACCAAAGUCUGACCAGGUCUCAGUGUAUCACAACUACAUCGGAAUUCUGUUUGCCAGAGUGCACUCAGCUGACGGAAAAUUCAUGGAAGUUUCGAGAUGUAGCAUGCCAUUUAGGCAAGCUGACCUGUGACCUUUACAGUAGAGCAAUUCUGCAGAGCCAGGACACAGUGAUGAUUUUGCCUGACUUUAAUCCCAUCCAACUUCAUUCAGGGUUAUCUGCACUUGAUCUCUGCAUUGUGUCAGGCACAGUCUGUGGUGUGGAUGAGAACUCGGCCUACAGCUGGGAUGUGUGUGACAAUUGUCAGCAGGAAAAUCUGGCCCAGGACUCCAACACCAAACAACUUGUAUGUCUGAACUGCAAGAAGACGGUGAUGGAGCCACUGACAAGAAUGAAAUUAAAAGUUUAUCUGUCUGUGACAUCAUCAUGUGAAAUGACAUCAUCAGAUCAUGUGACACAAAAAAUGAAAGUGUCAGUGGAGCUUCUUCAGACAAGUAUAGAGAGAAUUCUUCCCGAGUCCACGGAAGCUGAAGAGGGCUAUGACAUUGCCUGUGUACUGGAAAAGACUGUUGGACCGUUAAAUUGUGUGGUGUUACAGUCCCACCAUAGAGACUUGGACUGUCAGAUGGCUUUAAAAGAAGUCAGUGUAGAUCAUAAGUUAACAUACUGUUGAACUUCGGUACUUCGGAUAUCUCAAAUACCAUGCAUAUGUUGAAGUGGUUUAGAAGUCCCAACUACAUUUUCUCUAUGUAUUUUAACCUCAAUAUAUUUAAACCCUUGAAUAUCUCAAAAGAAAGUUUUUUCUUUGUCCCAUCAAGUUUGAGAUAACGAGGGUUGACUGUAAUUAAAAACUCGGCUUAAAACAUGUAUGAGGCAUGUUGCUCUUUGAAUUCUUAUUCUCUUUCAGAAUCCCUGUACAUAAUAAUAGUGAAAUAUUUUGAACAGUCUGUGGUAAUUUGGCAAAAUCAAGAAUUAUGUUCUUCCAUGUUUUUGAGAGAAAUACAAAGUAUAUAAUUGCAAAUGAUGAAGACGUCUUCCCAGAACCGUUUUCUGCAGCGCCUCUGGAACAAAAAACAAACAACAAAGACAGCAUCUGAUAUAUACAUGUAGAAAGGAAGUGUACCAUUUCUUUGAAAUAAAUUGUUUUCCAGUGAA